AUGACCAGUGAGUCCCUGCUACCAUAUUACACGGCCCAGAGUGGCUCCAGCGUGGGCAUGUUCAACACCGCCAUGGGGAAACUGCAGCGACAACUGCACAAGGGAGAAUACGACAUAUUCAGGUACGCACCUAUAUUUGAGAGCGACUUCAUCCAGAUCACCAGAAGGGGAGAAGUGAUCGAUGUGCACAACCGUGUCCGAAUGGUGACCGUGGGCAUCGCCUCCACUAGCCCCACCCUCUCACUACCAGACAUCAUGCUGCUGGCCCGCCCGGCCACGGGCUGUGAAGAGCACGCCGGGCGUGGCCAGGCCACCAAGGGAAAAAGCCGCAAGGCUACAAAGACCCUAGAGCUCACCAGGCUCCUUCCCUUGAAGUUUGUAAGGAUCUCCAUUCACGACCGUGAGAAACAACAGCUGCGUCUGAAGUUCGCCACUGGCCGUUCCUGCUACCUGCAGCUGUGUCCCCCUCUGGAUGCGCGGGAAGACCUCUUUGCCUAUUGGGAAAAGCUAAUUGGCCUCCUGCGACCACCAGUGGACGGUAACAGCAGUACGUAUGUCAUGCCAACGGAGGACAUGAUAUGCAUGCAUGAGGAAGAGGACAGCAGGAGCCCUGCAGCGGCGGACUUCCAAGGAAAAGGGGAUCAGGAGCAGGGCAGCAUCAGGAGCCUCCACGUGGUCUCUGAGGUGGCUGGGGCCACCUCUGCAGCUUUUGCUGGGGGGGAGGGGACCCAACAUGACUCCCACAAACCCCCUACCAUGCCCGAUGUAGCCACCCCAAACACAAAACCUACAGAGCUUGACAAAGAGUCAGCAGCAGGGGCAAUGACAGAGGCAGCGGCAGCAGCAGGGGUGGCAGCAGGCCCCACAGCAGGAGAUUUGAGCUUGGCAGUAAUCAAGUCUCCUGCCCCUGAACAGCUAAGCACAGCCACAGCCACCAAAGGAAGCAAAACCAGCAUAGCCGUUGAGGACGCUGCCAACACGUCCCCAAAGAGCAUUAAAAUGGCUUUGGCAGGUGCUGCAAACAAGUCCUCAGAGGGUACUUCCAGCAUGUCCACUAGCCUCUCCCCGGAGGCCGGCAUCACGGUGGCAAUCGCAGGAGCAGAAACUACCGCCAAGACUGCUGAGGAACCGCUCAUCUCAACCUUGCCAAGGGAAGGCCACAUGAGUGACCAGGCUGGAAGACAACGGCGAGCAUCCCAGGCCAGUGAUGAAGCCCACCAGGGAAGAAGGGAGCGAAGGGAGAGAAGGGAAAAGGAGAGAGCGCUCAGGACCUCUGGUCACCUCAGGGCAGCUGAAAGCCGCCACAAGGCAGGGGGAGACAAGAUAACCCAAAAACCAUCCAGAAGGUCCUUAGCCAGCCCUAGAGCCUCGAGAGAUGACAGAAAGGAGAAAAGCCGCAGAAGCCCAGGGGGCAGCAGGCGUGUCACCACGCAUAAAGGCAUCAGCCGUGCUCCCAUCACAAAGGAGUCUCACAAACCAGGGAGGAGCUUAUCUACAACUAGUUCAGGUUCCACAACCAAGAGACUCAGCAGGCUCAGCUCUUUCCUGAGGCACAUCAAAGCCAAUCUUACUGCAAAAACAGUGGCCUCACCACCUGAUAAAGGCGUGGACAUCUUGACUGAGACAGUGGAGAGGAACAGCAUGGAGGCCAUCAUAGAGACAGCAGAGAGUGGCCAGGGGCAGGAGAUCCUUGGCAGUGUGACAUCUGAAAUGGUGGAGACAGUGAGCUUUGAAGCCCCUUAGUAGGACCAGAGCUGGAAGCUGCAACGGGACCAGGGCUCAGGGAAAUAUCCCUGGAGAGCCUAUUCCAACUUUCCUUACUGCAGUUUAAAUAAAGAAAUAUACAAUCUGA